AUUGAUCGCGGCUACGACUUUACCGGAGUUCUGGAAUGGUUCGCCGAACGUGUAGAUCGUAUCAUCCUGUUGUUCGAUGCGCACAAGCUCGAUAUCUCGGACGAAUUCAAACGAUGCAUUGAGGCGCUCAGUGGAAAUGAGGACAAAAUUCGUAUUGUCUUGAACAAGUCCGACAUGGUAGAUCAUCAGCAGUUGAUGCGUGUUUAUGGAGCUUUGAUGUGGUCCCUUGGAAAGGUAUUCAAAACCCCCGAAGUAUCUCGUGUUUACAUUGGAACGUUCUGGGAUCAUCCCCUUCACUACGAUAUAAACAGGUCAGCUUUGUUAUGGUUGCCCUCUGUCUUUUACUCUCCUCCGUUAUUCCAAGAUGCCAACAUGAUGUGUCCAAGUCUGCAAGCGUUAUGUAAUGCCAUUCGCAAAUCCAAUACCUAUCAAAAGAUUCCGUUAGCUAGGUCAGUCUUUUUCCCUGGUUUUGGUUUUUUCCGUGUUUUUCAUCAUAGACAAUUUCCUUGGAAGGUUCACGCUUACAUAAUCUCUGAAUUACGUAAGCAAAUGCCAACUAUGAUUGGCAAGGAAAAGAAGAAGAAGGAGCUCAUUCAGAAUCUAGACAAGAUAUUUGAACAGCUUCAGUCCCAUGACUUCAACCUUUUGUUGAUUUCAGCUCGGCUAAUGGCUCAAAUACCGAAGGAAGAAGCUCAAGUGACAGCUGCUGCAACCACUAAUGGACAUGUAGCCGAACAACCGACCGUGAAAGGAGGAGCCUUCAGCCAAGCUCAAGAGGCCGAAACUCCCUUCGGAUUUGGACGGGGCGAAGGAUUCGACAAAGGUGCCGAUGAACCUGAAUGGGUGGUUAGUCGUGAGAGAGCUGAUGCUGAUGCUACAUUCGAAAGCCUUGGACCCGUUGACGGCUUCAUCAGUGGGCGUGCUGCGAAAGAGCACAUGGUUAAGUCGAAACUGCCGAACUCAGUGCUUGGAAAAAUUUGGAAAUUGGCCGAUGUCGACAGGGACGGACAGUUGGAUGCGGACGAGUUUGCACUUGCGAAUUAUCUUAUCAAUCUCAAACUCGAAGGU